CCAAUGCCAAUUUAGUUUCAAUUUGACAACCGUUUGCUUCAGUUGCAACUGCGAAAUGCUAUACAAGAGUUUGCCAUUGAUAUUGCUGGUGGCACAGUGCCUGCUGGCAGCGCCAGCGCCACCCCAGUCAAAUGAUCUGACACAGAAGCAGCUGGAGCAGGAGGCGCAGAACGAGACUAUCAAUUUGCUGAAUGCUCUAUUCCGGGCACAGAUCGCCUACUUUAGCGGAGUAAGAGAAAAGCUGAGUCCAAGUACGAAGCGCUCUUCAGAUAUUGCCCUCUAUUUGACACGAUUAAACGCGGCAAUAGCUGAGAAGGAUCUCGACAGAAAGAAUACAAUGUGGCAGAACAUCUUUGAGGAAUUCAACAAAACGCCGCUGUUGCUCAACAAACAAGAGGAGACGGGCCUAAGCAAUUCGGAGUAUCAGGCUCUGCUCACGGAUAAGAAGCUGCAGGAGAUCACGAAGAGUUUCAUUAGAGAUGUAGCCACGUACUUUGUGAAAAUGGCCCAGUUUAGCGGAAAUGUUAUCAAAAUAGGCAUCGAUGAAUAUAUUAGCACGUUUGAAGACGAUAAGAAGAAACAUUAAUAAAAGCUUAGAAAUUAAGAACUUAAUGGAGAAGGCGUUUUGAAA